CUCCAGUGCAACUUUAUGCAACUCCUUGCAUCCAUUUCCUUGUCAUUUCAUCCCUACCGUUCGUACUCCGUAUUAGUAACGAUCGUCAUAUAGUUACCUAUUCACGACUAGGAUUCACUUACAGGUGUAACUCCGCACCUUGACGCCAUGGAAAUGCUCCGCCCUGUCCGGCGCGAUGCUGGCUUCCAGCCUGCUGACGAUAUUAAACCACCCCCCUCGUCCAUGCCUUCGCUGAGGAAGUCGCCCUGGCGACGAUUUAAGAACCUCAAGUUGCCUCUAACCUGGAAAUUGAAGAGUGGCAACCCAGGAGGCAUUGGCCUCAUUACAGACUAUUAUACAGCACCGUUAACCGAACGAAACCUUACAGAAUUCUUUAACCCUGACUAUAACGAGGAGCACGAUGCCUUCCACAAAGUUCGCGGUCCCCGAAAAAUAUCUAUACCAGAAUGGAUUCAAUUGUUACCAUGAAACUGAGGCCAUCGAAGGUGCCCUUCCUAUAGGCGCCAAUUCCCCUCAGAAACCCCCAUACGGUCUUUACGCCGAGAAGCUGUCCGGUACAGCCUUCACGGCCCCACGUCACGAGAAUCAACAGUCAUGGCUGUACAGGAUCCUCCCUAGUUCCGCCCACGAGGCAUUCCAGUCCCGGGAUUCGCCUGGAUACAACCUCAACCCUGAGAACAAGCCAUCGGGCACCUUCCACCAGAUCCCGAACCAGCUUCGUUGGGACCCGUUCGAUCUCGACGAGUCGGUGGAUUGGGUGCAUUCCUUGCACCUCGUCGCCGGUGCGGGCGAUUCGGCGAUGAAAUCUGGACUCGGGAUCAUGAUCUUCGCCGCGGGGAAGGACAUGGACGCCCACGAGGCGUUCUAUUCCGCCGAUGGUGACUUCCUUAUCGUCCCGCAGCACGGAGUCCUCGAUAUUCAAACCGAGUUCGGCCCCCUCCUCGUCCGGCCUAACGAAAUCUGCGUCAUCCCGCGCGGCGUUCGCUAUCGGGUGACCCUCCCCGAAGGCCCCGUCCGCGGCUACAUCCUCGAACUCUACCAACAUCACUUCACCCUCCCCGAGCUCGGCCCCAUCGGUUCCAACGGGCUUGCCAAUACCCGCGAUUUCCAAGCCCCUGUCGCCGCCUUCACCGAAGACACUGCGUCCACCUACACGCUCUCCGCCAAAUUCGCCGGGCACCUCUUCUCCGCUACCCAACACCACACCCCCUUCGACGUCGUCGCCUGGCACGGCAACUACUAUCCCUACAAAUACGACCUCGGCCGCUUCAACGCCAUCGGCUCCGUCACCUACGACCACCCUGACCCCUCCAUCUACACCGUGCUGACCGCCCCCUCCGACCGCCCGGGCACCGCCGUCGCCGACUUCGUCAUCUUCCCGCCCCGCUGGCUCGUACAGGAGGACACCUUCAAACCCCCCUGGUACCACCGCAACUGCAUGUCCGAGUUCAUGGGGCUGAUCGACGGCGCCUACGACGCCAAGGAGCCUGGGCGCGGCGGGUUCCAGCCGGCCGGCGCGAGCCUGCAUAACGUGAUGAGCGCGCAUGGGCCGGAUGCGGCGACGCAUGCGAAAGCGAGUGAGGUGGAGUUGCGGCCGGGGAAGGUGGGGGAAGGGAGCAUGGCGUUUAUGUUUGAGAGCUGUUUGAUGGUGGGGGUGACGGAGUGGGGGUUGAAGAAGUGCGCAAAGGUGCAAGAGGGGUAUAAUCGGGAGAGUUGGGUGCCGUUGAAGGCGCAUUUCCGGAGACCGGCGGGGAUGAAGGUCGUUGUGGCGACGUUAGAUGGUCGGUAG